UCUGGUUGAACAAUGGCUUUGAUGAAGGUCAAGUUUGAUCUGAAAAAGCGAGUGAAGCUCGCCCAAAGCGUGUGGUUUCUGUUCUGGUUCGCCGUCAUGGCCGGCGUGCUGGUCUUCAGCAUGGGCCUCUUUUUCAAGAUCGAGCUGCGGAAGCGCUCGGAGCUGAUGGACAAUAACGAGAGCCACUUCCUGCCCAACCUUCUCAUCAUGAUGGGCCUGCUGGCGUGUGGCAUCAACGCUUUUGGCGGCAAGGUCUGCUACGACUCUUUGGAUCCCUCCAAGUUUGUCAAGUGGAAACCCAUGCUCAAGAACUUUCUGAUCGGCUGCGUGGUGUUCAACGUUCUACUGGUGCUCACGGCGUUGCUGUGCUUCAUCAUGCGCAUCCCGCUGCAGUUUACAUUGGCCGAGGGGCUACGCAACGGCAUGCGCUACUACAAGGACACGGACACGCCGGGACGCUGCUACAUGAAGCGGACGCUGGAUCUGAUGCAGAUAGAGUUCCGCUGCUGCGGCAACGACAACUACCGGGACUGGUUCGAGAUCCAGUGGGUCAGCAACCGCUACCUGGACUUCAGCGCCAAAGAGGUUAAAGACCGCAUCGGGAGCAACGUGGACGGCCAGUACCUGAUGGACGGUGUGCCCUUCAGCUGUUGUAACCCGAGCUCUCCGCGGCCGUGCAUCCAGCAUCAGAUGACCAACAACUCGGCGCAUUACAGCUACGACCACUACACCGAGGACCUCAACGUGUGGAAGAGCGGCUGCCGCGAUGCUCUGCUCUCCUACUACGGCGGCAUGAUGACCACCAUCGGCGCCCUGGUGCUGCUGGUCACCCUGUUAGAGAUCGCCGUGACAGCGGGCCUGCAAUACAUCGACAGCUCGCUGUCCACUCUGGCCAACCCCGAAGACCCGGAGAGCGAGAGCGAGGGCUGGCUCCUCGAGAAGACCGUCAAGGAGACGUUCACCGAUAUCAUGACUAAAAUGAAGGCCAUGGGCAAAGGCGGUAAAGUCGAGGAAGGGGGCGACGAGGGCGGCGUAGCCACUGUGAGCUGAGUGACCUAUUGACUCCCCUCACACCCUGCCAAAACUGACACCGCCACCACGCCCAAACGGAAGUAAAAGGACUUGUGAGAGGAUUUUUGUUGUUGUUAUUUUUUUUAAUUGGCUCAUUGCGGGAAAUCUACUGUAAAUUUGUAGUAAAUACAGAGCCGUAGUUUUCCAAGACGGUGUUACGAGUCCACAACAUUAGGUACACCUCCAGAUGAGAUCUGACAAAGACAUUUGGAUGGGGAUGGUGGUUACUAUGCAACCCCCCCGUCGCAGCAACCUGAGAUUCGCAAUCCAAUUGAAGAAAUAAACAAUUUAUUUUUUUGUUAAUAGGAAUAUGAUAU